CUCAGAAUCAUUGCCGAAAAUGCUAAAGGGAAGCACACUGAAAGCCCUAGAUGUCAGAAUUCUGAAGCCCUUUAUUGAAAUAAGAGGUUUCCAGCAGCAUUUCGGCAGCAUCGCAAACAGGUCCUACAUAACUUUCAAUGACCUCCGCAACAAGAACCGUCGGUAUACCAAGAAGGAGCUCGUGGGGUACUCCAUGCAGGAUAUGUACGACGUAGUCUCCGAUGUCAGCAACUAUUUUCGGUUUGUGCCAUAUGUUAAGCGGUCGGAUGUACACAGUCAGGACAACUCAGGGUUCAAGGCGGACUUAAUUGUUGGCUUUCCGCCACUUAACGAAGCUUAUACGUCGCGGGUUUCUUUGAACCCGCCGCAAUUGGUCAGAUCGGAAUGCCAUGAUGGACGACUUUUUAACUACCUGCUGAACGAGUGGCGCUUCAGCCCCGGCCUAAAGGACAUACCUGAUUCCUGCGUAUUGGACUUUAAAGUAACUUUCGAGUUUAAAUCACUGUUGCACAGCAAUGUUGCCAACAUCUUCUUUGACCUUAUCUGUGACCAAAUGGAGAACGCGUUUAUCCAGGAGGUUCGCCGGCGGAACGGUCCGCCCUCGAUUCGGUCUCAUGUGCUCACCUCAAGGCGAUCCUGAUAGCUAAAAUCUAAUCUAAAACACAAGCCCUUGGAUAUACCCUAGAAUUGUAGACGUUUUAGAGUUUUAAGUUGAACGUGUAUUUGUACAUUUCUUUGACGACAAAGAAGUUAAAUCCCUUGUUAGUACGAUUAACCAAAAUUGUAAAUAAAUUGCCUACCGAGUCUA